AUGAGUGCCGAGUAUAGGAAAAAUUUAAAGCUCUCCAUCAGCAAGUUAACACUUUUAAUUUUUUUUUUAUUAUGCAUAGCGCUCAAGAAUUGGGACUAUUUCGACAAUGUUGAUAUGCCUGGGUUCGAAAAAAUGUCACAGGAUGGCGUACAAGCGAAGUAUAUUGUCCCUGAUUAUCCAUCUAUAUCUUACCCAAACUUUCACUAUCUAAUGACAGGUCUGCAUUGUGAAUCCCAUGGAAUGGUGGGGAAUUUUAUGUAUGACACAACGUAUGAUAAAAACUUUCUUAUUGGUCUCAAUCCCGACCAAAGCCUUCCAUUUUGGUGGAAUGAUGCAGAGCCAUUAUGGGUGACAGCAGAAAAACAAGGAAGAAAAUCAUAUAUGUUUAACUUGCCAGGCUGCGACGCGACAAUACAGGGAGUGACACCUACAUAUUGUGAAAGGUAUACACGUGCUACACUGGUCUCCGAUUUUGAAUACUCGCUCCAGCAAACCAUGGAACUUCUUAAAAACAAUACAGCUGAUCUGAUAGGGAUAUACUUAGAAGUAAUAGAUUUGUUUGGACAUCGUUAUGGUGUAAAUUCAUUAGAAUUAAAUAACAUGCUGGAAAAAGUUGAUAAAACUUUGGGUAAUUUUCGACAAAAUUUGACGUCAUCUGGUCUUGAUAAUGACGUAAAUUUGAUGAUUUUCUCUGACCACGGCAUUAUCAACACCACAAAGAUAGUAAACACUACCGAUUCAGUAGACCUUACAGACAUUCAAAUAAUUUUUCAAGAGCCGUCUUACGUUACAGUUUGGCCAGAGGAAGGAAUGACUGAAAAGGUAUACAACGACCUAAUGAGGUCAAAUAAACCGAACAUCACAAUCCACAAAAAAGACUCACUUCCUGACCGUUAUCAUAUAAAAAAUCAUAGACGUACUGCACCUAUUGUUAUAGACCCUGACAACGGAGUGGCUGUGAUUUCUCCAUGGAAAUGUAGCGAAUGCGACGUUAUACCAUCGGGUACCAAAGACAUAGGGAUCCAUGGAUUCGACAAUUUAUUUCCAGAAAUGCGAGCUAUUUUCAGAGCUACAGGACCAGCAUUUAAGAAGAACUAUAAACAUGGACCACUAGCUAACAUAGAACUUUACCAAAUUAUGUGUAACAUUCUUGGGUUAAAGCCAAAUGCACAUAACGGAAUAUGGAAUAACGUUAAAUUUAUGAUAGCUAAGGGAUCACAAUUCCACAUCUCUUCAUUUAUUGUAGUUUUUUUUAUGUAA